CGGCCCCGCCCCAAAGGCGGAAGGGGAAUCUGGGCCAGUCCUCCAGCCGUGUGGAAGGGUUUUGGGCUUACUGGUGCACUCUUGAGCGGUCCGGAUUCCUCUGGUGCAUGGACCGCACGUGUGAGGAGAGGCCUGUGGAGGAUGAGAACGACGAGGAAGACCCCAACUCCACGGAAGCCCCAGUCCGCAUCCGGGACACUCCGGAAGACAUCGUGCUGGAAGCUCCAGCCAGUGGGCUGGCGUUCCAUCCGACCCGCAACUUUCUGGCGGCGGGGGACGUGGAUGGGGACGUGUACGUCUUUUCCUACUCCUGCCAAGAGGGAGAAACCAAGGAGCUCUGGUCUUCAGGUCACCACCUCAAAUCCUGUCGAGCCGUGGUCUUCUCUGAAGAUGGGCAGAAACUUAUUACUGUCUCCAAGGACAAAGCCAUCCACGUUCUAGAUGUGGAGCAGGGCCGACUGGAAAGACGCAUAUCCAAGGCUCAUGGUGCCCCCAUCAACAGUCUCCUGCUGGUAGAUGAGCAUGUCCUGGCCACUGGGGAUGACACAGGUGUCAUCCGGCUCUGGGACCAGCGGAAGGAGGGCCCCUUAAUGGAUAUGCGGCAGCACGAGGAGUAUAUUGCCGACAUGACUCUGGACCCAGCUAAGAAGCUGCUGCUGACAGCCAGUGGGGAUGGCUGCCUUGGUGUCUUCAACAUCAGGCGACGCCGGUUUGAACUGCUCUCAGAGCCGCAGUCUGGAGACCUGACCUCGGUCACCCUCAUGAAAUAUGGAAAGAAGGUGGCCUGUGGCUCCAGUGAAGGUACUAUAUAUCUCUUCAACUGGAACGGCUUUGGGGCCACAAGUGAUCGGUUUGCCCUAAGAGCUGAGUCUAUUGACUGCAUGGUUCCAGUCACUGAGAGCCUGCUGUGCACUGGCUCCACUGAUGGAAUCAUCAGGGCUGUCAAUAUCCUUCCAAACCGAGUGGUGGGCACUGUGGGCCAGCAUGCUGGAGAGCCUGUGGAGAAGCUGGCCCUUUCCCACUGUGGCUGCUUCCUGGCCAGCAGUGGCCAUGACCAGCGCCUUAAGUUUUGGAACAUGGCCGAGCUGCGGACUGUGGUAGUGGAUGACUACCGCCAGCGGAAGAAAAAGGGAGGGCCCCUCCGGGCCCUAAGCAGUAAGGCUUGGAGCACAGAUGACUUCUUUGCAGGACUGAGGGAGGAAGAAGGCUCCACAGCUCAGAAGGAAGGGGAGGAGAGUGAGGAUGAAAGUGAUUGAGGGGAUGAGGUGAAUCUCAAGAUGGGUCCUCCCUGGGUCUUGCUUCCUGGGCUGGAUACCAGAGAGGCUAUUUAUCAUACUCUUGUGCAGCGCACAAGAUGCAUAGCUAGAGAUGCAGGACCGAAGGCGUGCGUGACAAAGCACUUGCCCUGUAGCGGCUACUCACUCUACCAGUGUAAGAGAAGCCCGCAGCUGGGGCAAGACAGCACGGACACAGGUGUACACCAACCAGGGGUUUAAUAUAAAUACAACCAGCAUAGAAAAACCCAACAUCACACAUACACCAGAAUGUAAAGUACUGGGGACAGAAAGCAGAUUUCUGAACCUUUGGCUCAGCCAGCCCCCAAAUAAAAUCAACAAAAAUGACAAA